ACACCUCUUAUUUCAAUGUUUAUUGUUCUUGAUUGCACUUGGUCAAGUGUGUUUUUGUAUGUUCACUGUGAUGAAAUGUUUUUGCAGCUAUUCAAGAUCAGCGAGGAAGUAGUAAUUGAUGCUACAAAUAAAGGAAAUAUAGGACGAUUGAUCAACCAUUCUUGCAUGCCCAACUGCUAUGCAAGGAUCAUGAGUAUGGGUGAAGAAGAAAGUCGGAUAGUUCUUAUUGCCAAGACUGAUGUGGCCGCUGGUGAUGAGUUAACGUACGAUUACUUGUUCGAUACUGAUGAGCGUGAAGAAUCCAAAGUCCCCUGUUUAUGUAGAGCUCCUAACUGUCGGAAAUUCAUGAAUUAGGUUUACAUGAAAAAAAAAGAAAAGAAUGGACAGCUUUUUUUUUUUCUUCUUCAAGUGGCAUUUGACCAUCUCACAACCCAUGAGAUUUGGUGUGUUUACUAUAGUGAAUUUGUAAUUCUUUUACAACCCCAACCAUUUUUUGUAAUUUGCUUUUUUAGUUACAAUAACAUGUGAAUUCACCGACUAUAGGCUGGUAUUUUUGUAGAUUUGCUGCCUGUCUUCUUAUUAAUGAUUAUAAAUUUUUGCA